GAUAUGAUAAACUAAACACAAUAUUUUCAUCGCCUUACAAUGUAUUUGCUUUACGUUCAUUGAUCCAUGAAAUAAUGAGAACAUUACAAAUAUUCGUUUUACACUUAGUGUCAAGGAAGUUUAACUACGCUUAUGAUAUAUGUUCUUUUUAUUUGGUUUAUGAUCUUACUAUCGAAGCAAGAUGCGUAAUAGUACAAGGCAAUGGCUGACGGCAAUUCUGUGGACACUUUCCUCGGCGAUUGUAGUUGGAAAGCCCCGUCACAUUGUAUUCAUAGUCGCCGACGACCUAGGUUGGAACGAUGUAGGUUUCCAUAACCCUGACAUGAUAACCCCGAAUAUCGAUAAACUUGCGUACAAAGGUGUGAUCCUAAACAACUCCUACGUUCAGCCGGUCUGCACUCCGUCAAGGCACUCCUGGAUGACCGGUGUUUACCCUUUUAAAGUCGGACUGCAGCGCGGUGUUAUUUUGCCCGGAACUACUGAAUGCUCCCCACUCAGUAUGGAGUUCUUUCCGCAGAAGUUACAAAAACUGGGAUAUGCAACACACAUGGUAGGAAAAUGGCACCUUGGUUCAUGCAGCUGGAACUGCACGCCAACAUACCGAGGGUUUGACUCCUUUUUUGGUUACUACAACGGUGCGGAGGAUUACUAUACAAAAAUUGUUAAGAAAGGCAUAGAUUUUCACGACGGAGAAAAGCCACUAAAUAACACGGAAUACUCUGCUUAUCUUUAUGCCGAGAGAGCUAAAUCCGUCAUAAAUAACCACGACAAGUCCAAGCCUCUGUUUUUAUAUCUACCAUUCCAGUCAGUGCACUCACCGAUUCAAGUUCCCAAACGCUUCGAGAACAUGUAUCCAAAUAUAAAAACCGAACAAAGACGGAAAUACUGCGGUAUGGUAUCUGCUCUAGAUGAAGCAAUUGGUAACGUCACCAAGGCCCUUUUUGAAAGGGGCCUAAUAAAUGACACUUUGAUAAUAUUUACUGCUGAUAAUGGCGGUAUCCCAACGGCGUCAGGAAAUAACUAUCCUCUCCGGGGCGCAAAGUCAACAGUAUUUGAAGGUGGUACCCGUGCAGCUUCGUUUGUCGUUGGAUCUGGAAUCAAGAGCUCUGGAUAUACUUAUGAAGGUCUCAUACACGCAGUUGACUGGUACCCUACUAUUGUUGCUGCAGCCGAAGGUUCUGGUAUGUUUGCCAAUGAUGCUAUUGAUGGCAUAAACCAGUGGGAAGCCAUUAGUACCGGUGGAAAAUCGAAAAGAAGUGAAAUAGUGUACAAUUUAGAUAACGCUUUCCUGGCACAACAAGGCCAUGCUGCAAUACGUGUCGGGGAUUUUAAACUUAUACAAGGAUAUCCUGGCCCUUUUAGGGACUGGUACAAACCGGAACAGAUCUACGACGACAAUAUUAAUACGUCAAAUGAAAGUGAACACUACAGCAGACUAGUUGACAGGGAUUUUGCGAAAAUGAAAGGCAUAUGGAGUGGUGAAGGAUUAUAUAACUUGAGAGAUGACCCUACGGAACAUUAUGAUCUUACGGACCAGCAUCCAGAUAUUGUCCAAAGUUUGAAAGCAAGACUUGAAGAGCACAGGCAAAGUCUUGUAGAACCUAAACGAUAUCCGUAUGACCCUAGAUCCGACCCAUCAAAAUUUGGAGGAUACUGGACGUCGGGCUGGUGUUGAAGUGGGACAGCAUGGUGCAGAGAAAAUUGCAACAAUAUUUUAUGCUAAAUUGUUAGAAUCAUUAUGAAUAUAUAUGUAGUUUCUCUCACAAAAUAAUAAUAAUAAUAAAAAAAUUAUUAACGACCUGGAACACAAAUUUUAAAAGAAUUUCCUCCCAAAGUUAGCAAGUCAACGUACUUUGCUAGAGUGGCAUUCUUAAUUAUUGUUUAGUUAAGAACUGUAAGAUUCUGUCACUGACUGUAGGUUCAGCUGGAGCCUCUCAAAAGUUAUGACCCUGUAAUUACACAAAAUUGCUCUCCAGCUUGAAAGUUUUGUAUCAUGUUUAUCAAACUUGUUCGCAAUGUUUAUCAUGGACAAGUUCAAUAACCAGCUUAAUAGUUCAAUCACUCUUGAGUUAUGGCUUUUGGAUUACUUGAAAUUGAAAGUGUGCUUUUGAUAACUUAAGCAGUUCUUAUCCAUUGCUUUCCAACCCUAGUUGGAGUGUUUAUGGGCAUAUUAUCUUGACCUAGCCUGCUUUGAAGUUAUGGCCCUUGGAUAAUCAAAAUUGAAAAAAAAGACAACUAGCCUGCUCGGUAGUUUUUUUUUAAAUUAAAGGUAAUUUGCUGUGACGGGUGUACAGUGUAUAUUGCGACGGUUUGGCCACUCUUGUUCUUGCAUGUCAUAUUGAACAAAUAUUUAUAAUUCUACUUUAUGUAUGUAUGUACAACUGCAAUUGUACUGCACCAUAACUGUUAGUUUUUGUGUUGCAUAUUUGAGAAGUAUAUGUAUGAGGUGAUUAUUAAAAUUAAAAUGACUUAAAAAGUAUGUGGACAAUAUAUUCCUUUUAUGUUUAUUUUACGUUUUAUGGUUGCAUUCUAUGCUUCCAAAGGUUUUUAUUGCAGAUUUUGUUAUAUUAUUAGAACAUAUCUCGUCAUAGUUUUCGAAAUUGUUGUUAUUGUUGUUUAUGCCACACGAGAAAAUAAAUAAAUUUGAAACUUGAAAA